GGAGGGCAACCAGGGGAAUAAAAGCCUCAAUAAGUGUGUAGUUCUCGCAGCAUUAGGAUCUCACUCUUAGCCUUUUCUAUGGCCCGGCUCCUGCGUACCCAGCUGUUCCUGCUGGCCGCUCUGACCCUGGCCCUGGCCCAGGCAGUGAGCCCCACGGCAGGUGCAAGCCCCGACAAGCCUCGCUUGCUGGGCGGCCUGGCAGAGGCAGACGUGAACGAGGAGGGCGUGCAGCAGGCGCUCAACUUCGCCCUGAGCGAGUACAACAAAAAGAGCAAUGACCUCUUCCGCAGCAGCGCCAUACGGGUGGUGCACGCCCGGAAGCAGGUUGUGGCUGGGCUGAAUUACUUCUUGGAUGUGGAAAUCGGUCGAACCACAUGUACCAAGUCCCAAUCCAAUUUGUCCAGCUGUCCCUUCCAUGUCCAGCCGCACCUGAGGAAGAAAGCACUCUGCUCUUUCCAGGUAUACACUGUCCCCUGGUUGGGCAAGAGCACCAUGAUGAAGUCCACCUGCCAGGAUGCAUAGAAGACAUGUGACAGGCUGGGCCAUGCAGACUGCUUCUCACUUGCACCCCAACCCCUGGUAGAGUCCCCUCAUGUAAUGUCCCCAGGAGACAAAUAGAGAAGACCUCUUGAGCAUUGUUUGAACAGCUAAGUGGCUCUACCUUGUUUCUUUCUCUUGAUUGCUUUCUAGAUGCCUCUGUCCUUUGUGCAAAUGUUCUGGUUCUACUUCACACAAUAAAAAGUCACAUCAGCUA